AGUUGGUACAGUCCGUGUACAGCGCGCGAAAGUUCCAUAACAACAAUGGCGUCCUCCCGAAAAGGCCGCCGUGGGACCAAGCGCAAAACAGAGGAUGAGGAGGAGAAGCCCGCCAAGGAGGCAAGAGGAGAAGAGGUGCUUCUGCUGGAGGGUCAAAGAGUGAUUAUUGAACACUGCAAGAGCUGACGCGUGUAUGGGCGUAACGCUGAGGGGGUGAAAUCUGCCCUGUUGGCCGCACGCCCUGAACUCACUGUGGUCCUCAACCCCGACAAGCCUCGCAGGAACAGCUUUGAGAUCACUCUGAUUGAUGGAGGCAAAGAGACAUCUCUCUGGACCGGAAUAAAGAAAGGUCCGCCCCGUAAGCUCAAAUUCCCAGAGCCUGAUGUCAUAGUUGCUGCACUACAGGAGACUUUAAGCGCAGAGUAGAGGCUAGGUGAAGCAUAAGACAGUGAAGACAUCUGCAUCAAGUGUAGCUGUACUGUGUCGGAGCUUGCAACACUGUUGCCUGUCUUUCAUGCAGCUCAUCGUUCGUGGUACGUGGCUGAUAGAAGCAGAAUGACGAGGAGUGACCAAACUGGGUGCUCACAGUCUCUCCUCUGAUGGACUAAGCUCCUGCAGCUCACAUCUUUGAACGAAUGGGGACACCUACUGGAAUACUUUAGCGCUAGCACGUCACUGUUCAGAUGUACAUUACACUGUAGUUUGGCUGUUGAUGUGUUGCAGGUUUAUGGUGAUUUAAUGUUUUUGUGUUCAAUAAAGGCCUUCUUCUUUUCAAAACAUUAUUUACCUGGUUUGCUUAAUGCCUUCAGCAGGGCUAAAAUAUUUCCAAAUCUGCGCAAUGCCUAAAAAUGUCAAAAUACGAAAAGAUUAAAUGUGUAAUGCCAUUAAGUCAAAUUGAUUAUUUAGAGCGGAAAAAAGGCAAACCUGUGAUCGUAAUUGUUGAACGAAAAUGUGUGUAAAAUACACAAUAUACACAGCA